UUAAACCACAUAAGGGAACACAACUAUGUACUGCUUAAAAAUAAUGCAAAGAAUAUUACUUGCAAAAUUGAAUAUAGCAAUGACGAAAAUCUGGAAAUUAAAGAGGAAAUGAUCGAAAUUGAAUAUUGUAAUGACGAAACAUUGGAAAUCAAAGAAGAAAUUAUGAAAGUUCAAGGUACUACAGGUGAAGAACAUAAUGUAGAAUAUCAGCCAAAAUUCUGCACCGUAGAUAUAAAAGAAACCGAUCAUUUUUCUGUUAACAUACUGUCAAACCGUAAAAAGCAGAAGAAUCAAGAUCCAAAACAGGAACCGAAGAAGAACUACAAAUGCGAAAAGUGUGCUCGAACCUAUAAAUAUAAAAAGACUUUGACUUUUCAUCAAAAAUUCGAAUGCGGCGUCUUGCGUCAGUUCAGUUGUAAAUUUUGCGCCAAACGGUUUGCACAGAAAUGUAACAUGAAUUUACAUAUAGCUUCUGUGCAUCAGAAAAAAAAACAAGUACCAGCCAAAGGACAAUUUCCUUGCAAUUUUUGCGGAUAUGAAACGAAUCAGGAAGAAAACUUGUCAAAACACAUUUCUUUACACCACGUGGGUCGCAGGAAUCAGGAAACAAAUUUACAGCCAUCGAGAACAAGUUAUAAUUGUGACGAAUGUUCUCGAAGUUACACUUGGUUAAGUGGUUUAUGUAGACAUAAACGUUUAGAACAUUCGUCAUUUAAACCACAAUUUACUUGCGAUAUUUGCGGAUAUAAGUCGAAUAGGAAAGCUACCUUGAAAAAGCACAUUACUACCCUACACUCACAGACAUCGAAAUCUAGGUAUAAAUGCGACAAAUGUUCGAGAAGUUACACUUGGUUAAGUGCUUUAAAUCGACAUAAUCAAUUGGACCAUGCAGCAGUCAAACGGCAGUUCAUUUGCGCUCAUUGUGGACAUCAAACAAAUCAGAAAAUAAACUUGUUGAAACACAUUGCUUCACGCCACCUUAAAUAAUAAUAAAGCGCACUUAAUUAUGUCCCUUUGUAAAUUUAUAAUACUGCUUGAUAAAAUUCUUGUUUGUCUCCCUUCGAUAUCAACAAUAAUUAAUUUUCUUAUAAACAUAAUUUGUUAUUAUACGUCGUGUUUACUUGUGAAAAAAUAGGUUUGAGAAGGUACUGAUUGAAUAAUAUUUGUACUGUUUUCACUAUUUUAGUGUUCGUUUUCAAAAUUUUGUGAACGUAAAAUAUAUAACAGCAAAUAUUAAUCAAUUUGUUUAUUAUAGGCCCAGAUUUAGUACGUUCGAUUGAAAAACGAGUCACUGGGACACUUUUGAAGUUGGAACUUUAAAUACAUAUCUUUCGCAAAAAAACGCAAUUUAAGGAGGAAGUAUAGGGUCUUGUGUCUUUAAAAAAUCGAAUAUUUUUCUUAACAUUUUCUUAUACUAUAACAUUUCAAAAAUUUUUUGUUAAAAUUUUAAGUCAUUGGGAGCAAAACUCUCUAAGCUAUUAAACUUUAAAUCUCCGCCCCUUCGACGCGAGAAGAAGCACACAAAAGAUUGUCAUUCGUCGGUCGAGCAGUUGCCGCGCAGUGAUUUUGUCAUCAUAUUCGCCAGAACUUUCUGUAAAUUUUGAUGCAGAAAAUAUUCUUUAUGAAGCUAGAAUCGAUAAUUCAGUAUACGUUGAAAAAGUGAAGGUAUUGCUUCACUUUUUCGAAGUUUUAAAUUUUAAACGCAUUUUACUGGAAACUUCCUUUUUAAAAGUAGGUGCCAAAUUUCACUCAAAAACUACUGCACCGAUUGUUUUCAAAUGUUGUAAACACUAUUUACAUAUAAAAUACCUCCCUCUACGUCGUUUUUUUUAAUUGAAGAGAUUUUACAGCUACAAAAUGGCGAAUUUCUGUGUGAAAAAUCU